AUGAAAUUUCCCUAUUUAUUUGCUGAAAUCAUUUCUGAAUUUCACGAAAUUCACCGAAAACCAGAUUUUUCCAAGAAACCAAAAUUGGAAAAAUCUGAAAUUCCAGCACCCAGAAGACAUUCUGUGCUGAUACAAGUUGGAGUGGUGAGUUAGCCUAACUUCUUACAAAAAAAACAUUCGAAAUUUUAAAUUUCUACAGGACGAGGUUCCGAUUUUACGACACUCCGAAGAUUCUCAAAAAUUCUCCAAAGAUCCGCGGCGAAAAUCAGCGCCAGGACAAUUUUCGCAAAAAACAUCGCUCAAAGAAAAAAUCGAGAAAAAAUUAAAGGAACAUCAUGGUAGAUCAAGAAGUGCCAGUGUAUCGUAUCGGGUCUUGAAGUGA